CAUAGUUAAUCAUCUCUCUCUCAACAUCCGUUAUAAACUCUGGACUGAAUUUCUACAUACACUCUUCACUACUUUCUUUAAUAGCAGUGAAGAAGUAGCUCAUCCUGCGCAUCACUCCUCGUUCACACACACGGAAUCGCAGAAGAUGAGGAUGAUUCUUCUACUCUGCAUCCUCUGCCUGAUGACUUCUACUGGCCACAAUCAGGCUGCAGGAGCACCUGGAACAUAUGGACCUCCUGGACCUCCUGGACCACCUGGACCACCUGGAUUGGCUGGACCAGUUGGACCUCCUGGAAUGACUGGACCACCUGGACCAGCUGGACUAUACGGACCUCCUGGAAUGACUGGAUAUACUGGACCAUCUGGACCUGCUGCAUUCUGUGGACGAGAUAUCUUUGGCCCUAUUAUGGAGGAACUUGAAACCUUAAAGAAGAGCCUUGCGAAGGUCAAGCUGACUAUAAACUACGACUUUGUCCGCAGCGUUGGUCAGAAAUACUUUGUGUCCAACAAGGAGAUGGGCUCGUUCUCCAGGGCCGUUGAGUUCUGCUCCCAACAAGGCUUAGAGCUGGCUUUGCCCCAGAACGAGGAAGAGAACAACAUACUGACUCAAGUGUUUGUGGAAAGUAACGAGAACACCUGGAUCAACGUCAGCAAUAAAGCAGUGGGGAAGUUUGAGGCUGAUAUGAAAAACCAACAUCUGGCCUUUACCAAAUGGGGAGAAGGGCAGCCAGACAAGUCCAUCCAGGAUACAGGCUGCAUUAUGCUGUCAGAAAACGGUGUCUGGAAAGUGACACCUGAAUGCUCUCUGAAUGCUUACAUCAUUUGUCAGAUAUAGAAAGUUCUUGUAUCCAAGAUGAGAAACAGUUGCUCCUAGAAAUAAUAACUUUCACGUGUUGAAUUUCCCCAAAACGAUUUUCUCAGAUCCUUGUCACUACUACAGACAUGUAUAAUUGCAUCAUUAGCACUGCAUUAUUUCUGCUGCAAAGAUGUAUUCCUAUAUAUAAAGGAGUUAAAGCAACAAUAUGAUAUGUGUAUAGAAACAAUGGUGAAUUCUGAAGGCAUUCAGUGUGUCACAAUAAAGUGUACGGCAAUGAAA